GAGCAAACUCCUGCCCCUGCGCACAGACAUCCCUCCAGAGGAUUUGCAAAUUCAUCACUACUGCUUGGGUUUUUUAUUUUCUGUUUUUUUUUUUCCCUUUCCUUAAGAAACUCCUGCUGAAAAUGUGUUUGUAUUUGCUGCUAAAUUGCCUCUGCUUGGGAAGUGCAAGGAAGAAAUGGAGAGAAACAGGAGUGUGCCUCCUGUUGGCAGAGUGACAGAACCGCCCUUUGUCCCCCUCCAAAGGGAAGAAGAAGGGAGUUCCUCUCAUCCAUUCGGUGAAAAGCCACCUCACAGGACCUCGGGGACUUCACCUCAAACUUAAGGGUAGCUAAUAGGACAGGAGCCAAAAAGUCCCACCUGGGCAAUUUAGCAGAAAAAGAAGAGAACAAAGAAAGGAAUGGCUUUUGUGAGGUGUUUCACCAGGAGCGAGAUCUCUCGCACCUGGCUCGGUGUUUCCUGUUUGUUAUUUUGCCUUUUGUUAAACCUUUUCGUUUCCAGCACUGCAGCAGAAGCCAUCCUGCUGAUCUUUGUGCCUCCAAAGGUGGCUGAGCUCUCUCGGGUGACCAACGUGGACGACGAGGGCCGCGAGCUGGGCUCGGGGGUGAUGGAGCUGACGCAGCGGGAGCUGGUGCUGCACACGCGCAAGCGCGACGCCGUGCGGUGGCCGUACCUGAGCCUGCGGCGCUACGGCUUCGACGCCAACCUCUUCUCCUUCGAGAGCGGCCGCCGCUGCCACACCGGCCAGGGGAUUUUUGCCUUCAAGUGCUCCCGAGCAGAGGAGAUCUUCAACCUGCUGCAGGACCUGAUGCAGUGCAACAGCAUCAACGUGGUGGAGGAGCCCGUGGUGGUCACCAGGAACAGCCACCCCUCGGACAGGGAGCUGGCCCCCAGCCCCCAGGGCCCCACCAGUCUGGGCUACACUGGACUUCCCAAUGGAUUUCACAGCUUCCCUGGAGACUCCCUGUCCUACUCUGCAGCCCAGCACCCCUCAGUGAGCAGCCUGAGACAUUCCUCUGUGGGGGAAGACUCUACCCACCCCCUCCUGGGGCCCGAGGAGCAGUCCCACACCUACGUCAACACGGCCACCGGGGAGCCGGAGCCGAGGGGCCGCCACUGUAUGCACUCCUUGCCUGAAGCCCACCCUCCUUUCCCCCCUAGGAACCACAGCUGCUCCCUGGAAGACCGAAACCCCCAGGUCUUCCUGCAGCCAGGGGAGGUGAAAUUCGUGCUGGCUCCCACCUCCGGCUACCGCCGGCUGUGCCGGCACCCCCGGGAAUGCCGGCCUCACCUCUGCCCCGCCAACAACAACAACAACGAGUGCCAGGAGGGGUGCCCGUCCCCACAGUGCGUCUACGAGAACCUCAACGGGCUGGUGGCCCCCAGCGCCUCGUCCCUGUGCCGGCCUGGCCGCUCCAAGGCCUCCCGGGAGGACGGGAGCUGCUCCCAGCGCCGCUCGGCGCUGCUGCACUACGAGAACCUGCCGGCGCUGCCGCCGCUCUGGGAGCUGCAGCCGGCCCGGCACGGGGACGAGGACGCUGGCACGGCGCCCACGCCGUCCCCAAACGGCUUCUCCGAGGCGGGCGAGGAGGAGCCCCUGCAGAGUUCCGUGCGCUCGGAGCCGCGCCGCGCUUUCCUGCCCAGGCCCCGGCGCAGCCGCCUGCCCAACGUCUUCAGCUUCGACUUCCCCCGGCCCUGCCCGGAGCCUCCACGGCAGCUCAACUACAUCCAGGUGGAGCUGGAGCCUGAGCCCUGCAAGGGACAGCAGGACGCGAGGGUGGCACCCCCUGCCAGCCCCGGUGCCCGCCGCACCGACUCGUACGCCGUGAUCGACCUCAAGAAGACGGCGGCCAUGUCCAGCCUGCAGCGGGCCCUGCCCAGGGACAAUGGCACCUCGAGGAAAACUCGGCACAACAGCACUGACCUGCCCCUGUGAGGGCCCCAAGUGCCAGCCCCGUUGUCGUGGCUUUGGUGGCUGCCCCUCGCCGUGUCCUGCCCCCCUGAGCGUGGCUCCCACGCGCCAUCGCCCUCCCUGUUCGCCAUGCCCCUGCAGGGCCCGGCCUGGCUCCUGCAGCUGCUGCUGUCGAGGCUCGUCUGUCCGUCCGUCUGUCCGUCCUCCCCUCUCCGUGUUGCUCGUUUUUCAAGCCUUGUGGGAUGUUUGGUGACUCUUGAGGGUUGAGUUGCGGGCGGGAGGGAGGUGGCACGGCCUGGGGCGGGGCAGGGCAGAGCCAGCUGGGCAGUGCCUGGGGCAGAGCUCCCUAAACGGAGCUGCUCCGGGAGCUCUGUGCAGAUGGAGCCCGUUGCCCGUGGGUUCCACACCUCCAGGAGAGCUCUGUGGUGAGGCCACUCCAGAGCUGGGGUUUGCCUUGUGGUGCCGGUGGUGCCUGGCGAGGCGGGAGCUCGCGCCGUGGCCUUUCCCCCCUCGGCUCACUGUUUGUUCCUGAAGCUUUUUAUCCUUCUGUCCCUGUCUCAGAUCCAGUUUCAAUUGGGCAGCUGCAAUGAAGCCAGGAGGACACAGAGCCAUGGGCACACACUGUGAUCACAGAAACCUGAUUGCCUAAAUCCUUAAAUUCCCUCCCCUGCUUUAGAAGAGGAGGGAAAGGCCACAACCAUGAGGGAGAGUGGAAGUUUGGUCUAGAAAACUUCACUUGUGCCAUACCCUGCUUUGGUUUUUUUUUUUUUUGUUUUUUAUGAAGGUUCUAUUUGGCAGCUGCUGAGAAGUGCUGUGGGUUUAUUUAUUUGUUUACUUAUUUAUUUAUGAACUGCUCCUUUGCAUCCCAGUUUGCUGCCAAACCGGUGCCAGUCUGCAGCCUGCGCUCGCCGGGGCUCGCUCCUGCCUGGGGGGACAGGUCCCCAAACAGCUUGGUGGCUUUGCUGAGCCACCAGCUGGGGGGAAAAAACACUGUGGAGAGGAGCAGCUGGGAAUGAAGAAUGGAUGAACUGGGGGCUGACUGCACGGGUGGGUGGGAAAUGGAAUGGGAGCCGUGGGAGUGGGAGCGGAGCCGCCGGGCAGCCGAGCUUGGAGCGGCAUCAAAGCCGCUGCUACGCCCACGUGCCUGCCUGGGGCUGGCGGCAGCCUCGGCGCGGUGUCAGGAGUGAAUGUGCAGUUUGUUCCCUCAACUACAGCCCUGGAAGGACUCAAAUUCCGGGUACAUUCGUGGCCUUUUGCUGUGGAUUUUUGUCUCGAUGCCGGGGCGGCGCUGAGCUGCCCCGGGAUGUCCCCUCGUCCCUCCCCGUGGGACACGCGGCACCUCAGCCUUUCCCUGGAGUUCUGUGCCUGUUCCGAUGGAGAGCAGUGCUCUGGGGUGCUCUGGGGUGUUCUGGGAUUCUCUGGGAUUCUCUGGGAUGCUCUGGGGUGCUCUGGGGUGCUCUGGGAUUCUCUGGGAUGUUCUGGGGUGCUCUGGGAUGCUCUGGGAUCCUCUGG